GAUCCCAAUUUUUGGCCAAAUCCAGAAGUAUUUGAUCCAGAUCGAUUUUUGCCUGAAAAGAUUCAAAAUCGUCAUCCUUACUCGUAUUUACCAUUUAGCGCUGGACCACGUAACUGCAUCGGCCAACGGUUCGCUCUACUGGAAAUGAAAGCGAUGGUAGCCCCUGUGAUACAUAAUUUCUAUUUGGAACCUAUUGAUUAUUUGAAGGAUCUUCGGCUGCAGAUUGAUUUAAUACUUCGACCUGUUCAUCCACUUCGUGUAAAAUUUGUUCCUAUCUGCAAAAUGAAUGCAAGUAGUUGAAGUAAAUUCAAAUUCAACAAACGUUGUAAAAGGCAAAUGUUACAAAAA